UAUGGGUCAUGAAGAUCAAACCAAUGAAACUGAAAAUCAUUCCUAAAUCUAAGAUUCAUUAUAUCGAGAUGAAGAGAAAAUGGAAGAAUCAGCAAAUGUGGCAUAUUUACUUACUUUAGGCAUCUUAUUGGGCCUUGCUUUAAGAGAAUUGAAUAAGAAAACCAAGUAAUAUUUCAACAAUUUUAGGUAGAUUACCCUAUUCCCCUAUGGUCUUAACUUGUGGAUUGUUAAUAGGUUUACUAUAAAGUUAUCUUGGAUAUUUGGGAACAAGUGCAAACAUCUUGAGUCAUAUGCAUCCACAUUUAAUAGUUUAUGUCUUUGUUCCUGUUCUUUUAUUUGAAUCAGCAUUUAAUUGUGAUUGGUAUAUCUUCAAAUAUCAGAUUGUAAAUAUCCUACUUUUAGCUGGACCUGGAGUUGGCUGGGUAUAAUAUAAUGUAUAUCUAUUAGGGAGCAAUUCUUUUAGGAAUUGUAUUUAAAUUGUUCCUAUUUUAUGGUGAUGAAGAUAUGAAUUGGUAUUAAGCAUUUACUUUAGGAUCUGUAUUAUCUGCAACAGAUCCUGUGGCUGUUGUUGCAUUAUUAAAAGAAUUAGGAGCAAGUGCUGCAUUUAAUCAUUUGAUUGAAGGAGAAGCUUUAUUAAAUGAUGGAGUUGCAAUGGUGUUCUUUAUAUUUUUUAAUAAACUCUCUAAAGCUGCAGCAGGAAUUGGAGGAGGAGUAACUUUUGGAGGAGUUUUAUUAAAUUUCUUUAGGAAUUCAAUAGUAGGUCCAUUGUUAGGAGUUGUUGUAGGAUUUUUUGGAGCUUUAUGGGCUAGAAAAAUUGUAGGAGAUGAUGUUGAAGUAGGAUGGUUAACAUUUAUAUUUACAUAUCUUACAUUUUAUUGGGCUGAAUUUUGUUUCUUCAAAACAAGUGGAUUAUUAGCUGUAGUAGCUUUGGGUUUAUUUUGGAGUGCAUUUGGAAAAACUAGAAUAAGAUCAGAAAGUGAACAUGCUGUACAUACAGUUUGGAGUUUUGUUCAAUAUUUUUGUGAUACAACAGUGUUUUUAUUAGUAGGUAUGAUAGUAGGUACAGAAGUGAUAGAAGAGAAUUAUAUUUACACAUCAGAUUAUUUUAGAAUGAUUUUGUUUUAUUUCUUUAUGAUAAUAUGUAGAUACUUAAUGGUUAUAUCAUUUUGGCCAUUAUUAAAGAAAUAUGGUUAUCCAAUGUCAUAACCAGAAUUAAUAGUAUUUGUUUAUGGAGGGUUAAGAGGUGCAUUAGGUUUAACACUUUCAUUGAUGGUUGGAUGUGAUGAAGAUCUACCAUAAAGAUUUAGACAUUUAGCUGUAUUUUUUACUGCUGGAAUGGCUGCUCUUACGAAUCUUGUUAAUGGAACAACUUGUAAAGCUUUAGUGAAUUAUUUAAAUAUGAUUGAAAAUCCAGUGAUUAAAAAGAAAGUUUAUAAACGUUAUCUAACUGAUAUGAUUGUUAAUUAAGAAGACACAAUAAAAGAAUUAGAAGGAGAUGAACAUUUUGCUAUGGCUGAUUGGAAUUAAGUUAAAUCACUUAUUGGAUCAUAAUAGUUUUUAUAAGAAGUAGUUUCAUUAGAAAAUGAAAUUAAAUUAAUAUAAGGUGGAAAUAUGAGUAGAAUUUCUUAUGAAGGAGUUACUGAUACAGAAACUUUUGGAGAAGUUAGAUAUAGAGUACUCAGAAUUCUUAAAGGAAUCUAUUACUCUAAAUUUGAACAUGGAUAAUGUGAUGAAGAUUCUGUUAGAUUACUUGUAGAAUCUAGUGAUGUUGCACUUGAUCAUACUGGAUCAAUCCUUAAUAUUUGGGAAUAAUUAUUCUAAAGUUUUACUAGUUUUAGUAGUAUUAAAUACUUCUUUAGAGCUAAAGAAUGGACAUUCCUAGGGGGAUAUGCUUAAUAAUAUAUUACUAAACAUUUAGGAUUUGUUUAUGAUGUUACAACUACAUUUAUAUCUUCCGCCAAUGAAGUAAUUACUUUAUAAUAACAUAUGCCUGUCAAUAAAAGUGCAGUUAAAUUAAUUAUGGAUGAAAUUAAAACUGAAAUCAAUAAAGCUGAACUCUAUUUAGGUAGUUUGAAUGAUACAUUCCCUGAAAUUAUUAGAGCUAUUCAAACUAAAAGAGCUUCACAUACUGUACUUAUGCAUUAAAGACAUCAUCUAGAAGAAAAUUAAAAAAAUGGAUUUGUUGAUGAUAAAGAAUUUAAUUAACUUAAAAGUAAUAUUGAUGCACGACUUGUCUAACUUGAAAAUCAUGUUUUUGAUUGGUAAAUUCCAUCUUUCCAUUCUUUUGCUAUGGAAUUCCCUAUAUUUGCAGGUGUCCCUAAAGAAGAAUUAGAAACCAUCAUUAAAUCAACAUAUGAAAAAAGAUAUUAAACAGAUGAAAUUAUCUAUGAAAAAGGUAUGACCUGUCAAAAUAUAUACAUUGUUUAAUAAGGUAAUGUUAUUGAUGAAGUUGGAUCUCAUUCCUUAAAGAAAGGACUCGGAUCUUUACUCUCAUAUGCUAAUCUUAUUGGAGAUGGAAAAUGUAUGACUACUUCUAGGGCUGCAUCUGAAACUGUAUUACAUUCAUUAAAUUUAAAUGUUCUCAAGUCAUUGAUGUAGAAAUCAAAUACUUUUGAAUAGAAAAUAUAUAUAAAUUCUAUAGGUUCUAUAUUAUUUAUAUACUUUUAGAAUAUUUGAUUAAAUUAUAUGAAUCAUAAGCUGGUCCUCUAGGUUAGAUGGAAUAAAAACGUUUAGGAACAUUUCUGAGACAAAAGACUAAAUUUUAAAAGUUUGAUGUUCAUUCUAAUGUGGAGUUUAUGUUUGGUGGAUAUAUAAUAAGAGGCGAAAUAUAAAGUUGCAUACAAGAUGAAAAUGAAGGUAUUGAACGUUACAAUGAUUAUUGGUAAUAAUUUAAUUCUCCAAUAGUUAUGUUCCACCUCGAGAGAAUGAUUUUACAGUCACAAAAGCUCUUAUUUGUCUGGUAUUUGAUGAUCCUAUUGAUGUGAUAAAGUAAGAUAGAUUGGAGUAAUUCAAUUUAGAAAAUCAGGAAGAAAUAAUAGAAUAAAGAUUUUCAAGGAUAGAUAUUCAAUAGAAAUAAUAUUAAUAAGAAGAAUUAUGA